AUCUCUAGUAUCUAGUGCAUCAUGUGCUGAAAAGGACAGAUGUGCACGAAUUAUUAUGAGUUAUGAGUCCAUAAGGUCGCAGUGACCGUGCAGCUGAUACUGCUGGUGGUUUGUGUCUCAUUACUAUAACUGUUAGUCGUGCUCCUCAAGGAGUCAUUAAAGGACUUUGAUCGAGAGAGACACAGCUCACACACUUCAGCUGAAGCGAGGACAAUACUAGCAGUUCUCAACUUUAACUCUACACAAAAUGGGCUUUUUAUCUUCAAGUCUAUUGCUGAUAGCGCUGGUGUCGAGUGUGUCUUCUGUGGAUAAGCUCAACAUGUGUAUGGAUGGGAAACACCAGAUCUCUGAGCCGAGAGCCGAGGGAGCGCUGUAUCAACAGUGUUCCCCAUGGAAAGACAACGCCUGCUGCACAGCGAACACCACAGAAGAAGCUCAUCAGGAUCAGUCGUAUCUUUACAACUUCAACUGGAAUCACUGCGGGAUCAUGAGCAACUCGUGCAAGAAGCACUUCAUCCAGGACACGUGUUUCUACGAGUGUUCACCACACCUGGGGCCCUGGAUUCAGACGGCGAGUGAGUCGUGGCGUAAGGAGCGUAUCCUGGACGUGCCGCUGUGUGUGGAGGAUUGUAACGAAUGGUUCGACGACUGUAAGAACGAUUACACGUGUAAAGAGAACUGGCACAAGGGCUGGGACUGGAGCACAGGCACGAACCGCUGUCCGAAAGACUCUCAGUGCCGUCGCUGGACCGAGGUCUUCCUCAGCGCUCAGGACAUGUGUGAGAAGAUCUGGUCCAACUCCUACAAGUUCACGACGCUCAGCAAAGACAGCGGCCGCUGCAUGCAGAUGUGGUUCGAGGGAGCCAACCCUAACAAGAAAGUGGCCGAAUACUACCUGAGGGGUGACGCGGAGACGGUCGCCAUGGCAACAGGCCUGCGUGUGUGUGUGUUUGCGCUUCUCGGGAUGAUGCUGCGCUGAGAACACCUCGAACAUCUGGACUCAUUUCUCUCUGAUGAAUGUCAAAAUCCCCCAGAAUGCAUCACAUUCCCCUCUGUUAUGUGCGGAUAAAUGUUAGAUUUGAAAUAAAACAUUUGAAUUUAA